GCUAAACAUUAGCAUACACUCCUUCUUCCUUCUUGACACCACAUAAUGCUAGCAAAGAUGGCAAAGACAAUCGUUGUUGGUGUUGGAGGACCAACAAGCUCAGGCAAGACAACAAUAGCAAAACACCUGCUGGCAUUAAUACCACCAAAGAUCGGAGUAAUAUUACAUCAAGAUGAUUUCGCAUUACCGGAAGAAAGUUUACCUUUUAAUGAAACCCUACAAGCGCGGGAUUGGGAUAAUCCGAUAGGAACGAUUGAUUAUAAACGAAUGAAAGAAGUACUCCAGCACGCCAAAGCGUUUGGAAAGCUACCCGAUCAUCAUUCUUCACAUGAUCAUUUGAACUUACAACCUGAACGUCCACUCGACACGCCUUUUGCAAACGAAUGCAAACAAAGACUUGCUGAUGCGCUCCGCAAACAUCCUGAAAUUCAACAUAUCAUCUUUGCUGAUGGAUUCUUGCUCUAUUAUGAUGCUCAGGUACGGAAACAGAUGGAUAUCAGACUCUUUUUACGCUGUGAUCGAGCUACUCUGGAAAGCAGGAGGAACGAGCGAGGAGGAUAUGCGACUGCUGAGAAUACAGUAUGGCAAGAUCCACCAGGAUAUUUUGAGCAUGUGAUCUGGCCAGGCUACGUUCAAGCACACAAGAACAUGUUCGUAAAUGAGGACAUCGAGCAUGGCUCGCUGGUAGACGUCAAAGAAGAUCAACCUACGGAUGGAGCUCCUGUGAAGAACUUGCUACUGAUAGAAGGACAAGGGACACAUAUAAAUGACGUGGUCAAAUCAUCUGUGAACGAGAUCGUACGCUUUCUGGAUGCCACACCAUCUGCCAGCUAAUCGAGUACUGUACAAUAAUAUAGACAUU